GGAGGGAUAACGACAGCAGGCUCGGUUAGGUCAGUGUGAGUUUAAAGCCAAUCUGCUGCUGCUGCUACAGAGACUCAUCUCUCGGUGACGGACGGAUAGGAAACAGCCGGAAGAAGCCAAAGAAGUGAGGCAGCUGUGAGGCGCUUUAAAUGGCCACAACAUAUCCUAAAGGGAGACGCUGCUGCCCGUAAAACCUCCUACCUGUAUAUUCUAACAAUAAUAACACCCAAUGCGUCCUGGGAACGAGGUCGUACAUUUUGAGUAAAUUGCACCCAAAGGAAGUUUUUUGGAACCCAGUUUUUGGGAGAUUUGCUGGUUGCAYUCAUGGACGAAGACAACCAAGUGCCCGAGGACCUGUCUUUGGAGGAGAGAGAUGAGCUGUCCAACAUCCGGCGCAGGAAAAAAGAGCUUCUAGAUGAUAUAGAACGGCUGAAGUUUGAGAUUGCAGAAGUUAUGACGGAGAUUGAACAGCUGACCUCUGUGGGCGAAAGCAAAACAUCACAAAGAAACAAACAGAUCGCCAUGGGCAGGAAGAAGUUCAACAUGGAUCCUAAAAAGGGAAUCCAGUUUCUUUUGGAGAACGAUCUUCUCCAGAACACCCCAGAGGACAUUGCGCAGUUCCUCUACAAAGGCGAAGGCCUUAACAAAACCGUCAUCGGAGACUACUUAGGGGAACGAGAUGACUUCAACAUCAAGGUCCUCCAGGCGUUUGUGGAGCUUCAUGAAUUUGCAGACCUCAAUCUGGUUCAAGCCUUAAGGCAGUUUCUGUGGAGCUUCAGACUUCCUGGUGAGGCCCAGAAGAUUGAUCGCAUGAUGGAGGCGUUUGCCUCCAGGUACUGCCAGUGCAAUCCCGGCGUCUUUCAGUCUACAGACACUUGCUACGUCCUGUCAUUUGCCAUCAUUAUGCUGAACACCAGCCURCACAACCCCAACGUCAGAGACAAGCCCCCAGUGGAGCGCUUCAUCUCCAUGAACAGAGGGAUCAACGAGGGGGGGGACCUCCCAGAGGAGCUACUCAGGAAUCUAUACGACAGCAUUAAGAGCGAACCCUUUAAGAUCCCAGAGGACGAUGGGAACGACCUGACGCACACGUUCUUCAACCCAGACAGAGAAGGAUGGCUGCUCAAAUUAGGGGGGCGAGUGAAAACCUGGAAGAGAAGGUGGUUCAUCCUAACAGACAACUGCCUCUAUUACUUCGAAUACACGACGGACAAGGAGCCUCGUGGGAUCAUCCCUCUGGAGAAUCUUAGCAUCAGGGAGGUAGAGGAGCCCAGGAAGCCUAACUGCUUCGAGUUGUACAAUCCCAAUCACAAAGGCCAGGUGAUCAAAGCUUGCAAGACAGAGGCGGAUGGACGUGUUGUUGAGGGCAACCAUGUUGUUUACAGGAUAUCAGCGCCCACGCCUGAGGAGAAGGAGGAGUGGAUUAAAUCUAUCAAGGCCAGCAUCAGCAGAGACCCUUUCUACGACAUGCUGGCCACCAGGAAGAGGCGCAUCGCCAACAAGAAGUGAAGAGGGACAAUCACGUCCGAAGCUCCYAAACGCCUCCAUCUUUGAUCUCCUCCAGUUUACGUACAACGCAGCGCGCUGGGAAGAAACGACCACCCUGACCUCGGUUCGUCUCCUGAACAAGCAGCCGUGGGAGACARGUCACAGAGGGGACAGCAGAGCUUCAGGAAAUCCAAAAGACAUGGACUCGGUUCURAAAAGGAGCUGCAAAAACCAGCCUGUUUGUCUUCAUCUCAUCGCCCCCUCGAUUCCUACACCGCCUCACUCGCGAUCAUAACAUGUUUCUGUGUCUCCUUAAAGCACAUCUGCCGUGUUUCAGGUGCACAUGCAUGCAUGUGAGUUAUUAAUGGCCAAUGUGUUUGUGUUUGUGUGCGUCUGUGUGCAGCAUCUAGAAUAUGUGUGCAUGAGAGGUGCAAGUGUUCUCUUGCUUGUUCUUUUAUAUGAAAGUAAAAAAAUAAUAAUAAUAACGGUCAAAGUUCAGAUUGCUGGCUGUCAGCAUGGGGCUGGAAAGAGGAGAAAGAUGGAGCCAUCUGAGGGACGGUGGUUCAGUCAGUGCAGUAAAACCUCAGCUGGACUGUCUCUUCAUCUCAUUCUGGUGCUGAAUAUUUCCUCUCCAGGUGCCCUGCUCAGAGUAACCUCAGAAAAAAAUAAACUUUUUAGGUUCAAAACAGAGGAUUACAAUCUUGAGUCAGCUGGGCUGAUUUCAUUUAUUUGUUUGUAUGAAGCAGAGACUUUAAAGAUGUGCAGACUUGUUUUUUUUUUUUUUGUUUUGUUUUGUUUUUAGUUGAAGGGAAAUGGUGCUUUUAUCGAGGCUUCAGAUUUAGCCCGCUUUUCUUCUGGACGUUUUAACCCUUAGAUUUCAGAGCUCGUUAAAUGUUGGGCAAAAUAAUCAGACCAACUCACGUUUCAGUUGUUUGUCUUGUUUUAAGGUUUUGUGCAAGUUUUCAUUUCACUGUGAUGCGUCCCUUUUCCACCACUGUGCAAGACACACAAACAAUGAGCUGAUGGAGACUUGGAAAGUGGAAUAUUUUGGACAUAUUUGGUAACCAGUUGCUGUCAGCCUUCAUUUUUUAUGGCUUUACAAUAAAAGCUUGAAGGGCUUUUAAUUUUCAGUAGCUCCAGCAGUGAGACAUCCUUCCACAAACUACCAGUUUUUGUGAAGCUAAUGAGGAAUAAAUGAACCAAACUGUUUUUAGUAAUAAUAAUCAAAGUUAAAAAAAAAAGAAGGUCAAACAUGUCCAGAUCUGGCUUUAUUGAUGUUCAGUAUAUUUAGAAGAAACUAUUGCAAAAUUUAGGAUUAUUAAUUUUCAGAUAUUUUUUAAUCUUUAAAAAUAAAUUGUAGAAGUUGG